UUAGUGGCAAAAAGAAUAGCAGCUUCCGUCAGAUGGAUGGUUUAGUUAACAACUUAGUCACAUAUGUUUGGAGACUUUGGGAGAACAAAUCAUUGCCUGAUCUCGUUGAUCCUGGUAUCAAAGAAGACAGUAACAUCGAUGAAGUUGUUAGAUACAUUCAUAUUGGACUGUUAUGCGUUCAAGGAAAUCCUGCAGAUCGUCCCAAAAUGUCAACGAUUCAACAAAUGCUCACAACCAGCUCUAUUAGUCUGCCUGUACCUCUGCCACCUGGAUUUUUUUUUGGGAACAGGCCAGGAACGACCAUGUCAGGCCUGGACCCCAGUCAAUCGAGCAGCAAGUCUUAUACUUGUUCUGUGGAUGAAGCAACAAUCACUGAUGUUAAUCCUCGUUGAAUAGUCAAGAUGUUCUGUUUAGUUCACUUGUUUCUAGUUUCCACAAAGGCUUGUCACUUGUUUUAUGUCCACAUAUGUAAAAGUUCGACUGAUUUAGCAUAAAACUCGAUAUUAAAAUU